UUGAUAUAGAUUCCAAAAGUCGAUUAACCCACCGGCGUGACAUGUCUGUAUUAUUUCCUCGAUCGGUUGAGGAGGGGUGGGGGUGUGUCGGGGAUGGGAACGAGGACGAAGGAUAAAUCAUAUCGCCGUUGCUCCUCAUCGUCGUGAGGACCGGACCGUGCUAAUUUAAGGAGAAAGAGAAAAAAAGAGAGAGAGAGAGAGAGAGAGAAGGAGAGAAAAAACGCGGUUGAAGUCGUGCGGAGUCAAUCGCAGUGAAUGAAGGUGGCCCAACGACGACGACGACGACGACGACGACGACAACAACAACGACGACGACGACGACGACGACGACGACGACGACGACGACGACGAAAACGAGAAAGAGGAGGAGGAGGAGGAGGGCGAGGGACAACGAGUUGCGUCGAAGAUUUAAGUAACAGCAUGGAGACCUGCGAGAAGGAGAAGCCGCUGGUGAAAGACUUGAACGAACAUAUCGUCUGUCCCCUCUGCAGGGGCUAUCUGAUUGACGCCACGACCCUCACGGAAUGUUUGCAUUCCUUUUGCAGAGGCUGCAUAGUGAGACGUCUGAGUAGCGGCGCUCGAUUGUGCCCAGUAUGCAACGUGUCGGCAUCGCCGCCACUUUUACCGGAUCCUCGACUUCAAAGGUUGGUCUAUCUCGUGGUUCCGGGUCUUUUUCGUUCGGAACUCGAACGCAGGCGACACUUCCGUUUGGUAAAUCCGCAAUGUCCGCCAUUACCGUCGCCAUUCGGGGCAUUGGAAUUAACGUUGGACGAUUUCGUGAGUCUGAGCCUUCGCGAAUUAACGGACACGAAGAACGAAGAGACGCAAGGAGAAAAAUCAUUACCUUUGGGAAUAGAGAAGAAGGAUAACGAGGAGUCUACUGUUCGGGAACCUACCACGAGAUAUCUCAAGUGUCCGGCUGCUGUGACGGUUCGUCAUCUCGUACGUUUGUUGACCCUGAAAAGAGGUUGGGAAGAGACGAAUUCCGGAGUUAACAUGGCUAACAGAAUAGAGAUGACGUGUGAGGAUUACAACGGAGAUCCUCGCGGUCGCCGAAAGCCAGACGUUUUAAAAAUGUCUUGGACGUUGUUGGACUUGGCCUGUAUCUUCGGAUGGAAGAAGGAAGCACCGUUGAAGCUAUUUUAUCGUAUCGUUCCUCGAAAGGAAGAAUCGGCAUCUACUUCGAAAUCUAGCCCAUGUAAGAAGGAUAACAACAAGGACGGUCCUACCAUUGAAAAUAUUCAAAGACCGCCAACGCCACCGCCAAGUCCAAAGCCUGUUCAAGAUAACGAUGCGGAAUCUCGGCGGACGUUCGGAAGUAGGACGGAAGCUCCUCGUACAUUGGAAACUACGAAAGAGCAAGGAAAAGAGACGAAAUCAAAGAAACCCCGUUGCGAAGUCACUCCCGUGAUGAGAGCGCCUGAUCCCGUUGGUAUCUCGUCGGUCACGAUGCAGCAAAGCAAUCAUGCUACAGAGAGUUCAAGGACAAAGGAAUUAGCGAGGUUGGAGCAUCGAAAGCGAAGGAAACGGCGAAACAAACGUGUAAUCGCGGAAAUCACUACUACACCGAGAGAGGAUCUCCUUAAGUUGAAGGUCAGGUUAACUCCUUGUCCACCGAGAAUUACGUCCAGUAGUAGUAAUGGCCAAGCUAAAGAGAAAUUGUUACAAAUGAGGGCCGUCCGACGAGAAAAGCUCAAGGCUUGCGCGUUGAAUCAAAAACGUUCGGUAAAUUUACCUCGAGAGGAGGAUAAUAUCAGUAAGGAGUGUCCCGUUGAGUCCGAGGAAACGAUAGAGGAUAUCAUAGAUUGUAUACCGGACGAGGUGGUCAGAGUCGCUCAGAACAUUAAUGUUCCGGCUCAGGAUGAUAAUUCUUCUCACGAUAAAAAAGAUAAUGAAAAGUCUCCGAAAGUGUCGAUUCAACAGAAAGAGGAGACACAAGUCGCUGAGACGCUUAGUAAGUCGCCGAUCGAAAAUACCGUAACUACAGUGGAACGUCCGAAGAAGGACGAGGAGAUUCUACGGAGGCUAGGCUUGGUAGCGAUAAACGAAGCAAACGAGUCCUUGCGUGACAAGGCGAAGCAACGCGGUCAGAAUUACAACGAGAAACCGAACGACUUGGAUCGGGAAAAGUUGGAGAAACAAUUACGGGAGAGCAAGGCAAAUCGCGUUAGGAGUUUAUUAGCUGAGAAACAAAUGCGGGACGCAUUGAAAGGUAUAAUGUCUAAGACGAAGGAAGAAGGAGGUUCGUCGACUUCUUCGAUGCAACACGGUAUAGGUCCGUGCCCUAAAAAGAAGGGUCCACCUCCGUUGGCGCCUUUACGAGUGGUUAAACCUUCCUCCGGAUUCGCCGUAACGAGCACAAUGGUGGAAUCCAACAAUCCAAAGUACGAAACUCCCUUAGACCUAAGCAACGGUGGGACGGUUAACGACAACGUUCUAGAUUUGUCCUCGACAUUGCAGAGUUCCUCCAUAGGUUUUUCAGCAUCAUCGGCAUCCUCCUCGCCGUCUCCAUCUUCCUCAUCAAAUUCUUCUUCCUCGUCGUCGUCGUCUUCUUCAUCAUCUUCAUCGUCAUCAUCUUCAUCUUCUUCUACUUCUUCUUCCUCGUCCAUAUCUACGCCACCUUCUUUGCCUUUGCUCAACAGACCUCAACAGACCAGCCUAACCAUGGGAAGUUUCCUUCGUAAAUCCAAGGAUAUGGAACAACGUAGAGGGCAAGACUCCAAUCUGCGUACACUCUCGGACGUUGCGGUUUCUCGUCUUAGCAGCUGCAUCAGCGAGAAAAAUUCCAUCGAGUCUCACCUACUUGGUUCAACUGGUAUACCUGCUAGCAAGGUCGCAUUGCGUAUUCCACAACCACAUCACCGUAUAUCAUCUGGCUAUGGUAUGAAAAACAAGCCAAAUCUUGGUGUAAGGCAUAUACCCAAUCCCCAAGCUGUCGUCGCUUCUCAAUACAGAAAUCAAAGAGCCGUUUAUUUCAAUAACCUUUCCCAGCAUCCGCCGUAACGAUCGUCUUUCGUGGAUAACGCCACGUAGGCUUCCCAAAGCCGCACCUCCUUCUUCAUUCAUCCGCCUAUUCCUAUUGACUAUAUGCGAUAACAUAACACAACCAAAGGACAUUCCUAUACGAUUUAUCAUUCGCUCAUAUGUACCUAUUUAAAUAUACAUAUACAUAUACAUAUAUAUACAUAUGCAUAUAUAUAUAUAUAUAUAUAUACAACGUCGCCGACGCUUCCCUCGAUCGGUGUAUUCUCUGCCACAAUCCCAACUUCCCGAUUUCUUAAUAUCAAAAUAUCAAACUCGUAUGCGAUACGGACUGCCAACGUUGGAAGAAUGAAAAUUCUUCUGGUGAUCGCCUUUCCAUUGUAACUAUGUGUUUCCUAUAUGCUCUAGUAUACCAUGUAUGCAUGUCAUUUGUGAUAAACUGAUAGAAACCGAACGACCGAAUUUAUCCGUAAUAAUCAUCCAUUACUCCCUCUUUCCCAUUCUCUUCCCCCCCACCCCAUCUCCCCCUCAACCCCUUUUCUUCUCACUCACUUUCUCUCUCUCUCCCUCCCUACCUUUCCACUUGUACCCCUUUCCUUUCCUCAACUCUUUCUAUAUCUCCCUUUUCCUUCAUUAUUAUAAAACAACAUUUCUAUGAUGUUUUUAAACUAUGAUAAUCCUUUCUAUCACAUAUAAUAACAUACUAAAAUAUCUAUUUGUAUAAGAAACGACGUAUAAAAAAAAAAAGAAGAACCCCUCGCCCCCCUCCCCUCCGAUCGUCCCCUCCCGUCGAAAAACAUCCCCAGCAUGUUGAAGAAGAACUAAGAACGAGGUAUUCUUUCCUGUUAUAAUUAUUGCCGUUUUAAUCGUCGACUGGUCGAACACGAACGGUUAAUUCCUUUCCUCGUUCUCGUUAUGUGAUAUAUUUAUCUAUUUUCGUUAAACGAUUUUAUUACAUCCCCUUGUGCGUGUAAUUAAGCGCGUUCCUCUGCAUAUCUCUCUGUAUGCUUCGUGAACGAGACGGGCACGCCAUUCGAGAUCUCUCGCUCGCUCGCUCGCUCGAGAGAGAGAGAAAGAAAGAAAGAGAGAUAAACCCGUAUUAUAUACAUAGUAUAUGCGUGCGUGUUUAUGCGUUUGCGAAGAUGACGAAAAAAAGAAAAAAAAAAAAAAAAAAAAAAAAAAAGAAAAGAAAGGUGUAAGAAAAAAGAUAUGGACGAGCGUCUGUCUUUUCUUGUAUGUACGUAGUUUAUAAGUGGAUGACGAUACGUUUUGAAGCGAAACGAUAGAAAAAAGAAAGAAAAAAAAAAGAAAAAAAAAGGAAAAAAGAAGAAAAAAAAGAAAGAGAGAGAGAGAGAGAGAGAGAAGAUGUAUGUUUGUAAAAUGUGUCCGCGUACGUGACUAUUGAUUCAAUUCAUUAAAUUUUUCAACGAAGUCUACAUAUAUAUUUACGCGAUGGAUAAAGUUAUUUGACAAAAAAAAUAAAAAAAAAAAGAAAAAAUAAAAAAAUGAGAGAUAGAGAGAGAGAGAGAUAGAGAAAAAAAAGAAAUAGAAAAAAGGAAACCAAAUAAAAAAAAAAAAAAAAAAAGCAUUUGAAUUAAAUCUUUUCGUUGCGUAUACGUUACUUGGAGAUAAUUCGUGACGGUCAACGAAGCUGAUUAUACGGGGAUACAUACAUACAUACAUACGUACAUACAUACAUACAUACAUACAUACAUACAUACAUACAUACAUACCUACAUACAUAUAUACAUACAUACAUAUAUAUAUAUAUGUAUAUAUACACACAGUACAUACAAACUGAUAUACAUAAGCGUGUAAGUAGAAGACGUGAAAGAAACGGUGGUUGAACCAAUGGACAUAACCGGAGACAGAUGUGUCGUAUCACCCAUUGCCGCCCACGCGUCUUUCCCAUUUCCUUUGUUUUUCCUUUUUCCUUCUCUUUUCCUUUUUCUCUUUUUUUUUCCCCUCCCUUUCCUACCAGAGUACCCCAGCGAAACGUGCAAGUACUUCGUAGAGAUGCCAAAGAAACGAAAGAGAAUGUGUGCAAUGUAUUAGUGCAAUUUAAUUAUUUAAUAUAAUAUAUAUAUAUAUAUAUGAAAAAAAAGGAAAAAAAAAACAAAAAAAAAUCUAUAUAUAUAUUUAAAAAAAAAAAAAAAAUAUAUAUAUAUAUAUAAUCAAACUAUCACGGUGUAACAGUGAAGUACAUACGUUCAUAAUAAAAGAAAAAGUAGAUAGUAGUCGAGAACAAAAGGAUUACGCGAUAGCGUAUGCGUGUGUACUACGAAUGUUCUCGCGUGUAUCGUCGUCGUACGAAUGAAAAGAGAGAUUUUUGUAAAACCGCAACGCGUCAUUUUCGCGAAAUCUAUAGUAAAUAAUAAUAAAAUUGUACCGAAGGAAAUGAAAUUUAUCUUAAAAACGAAAAAACGAAAAAAAAAAAAAGAGAAUGUCAUCUCCCGCUAUACACACCCCCCCGCCCGCAUAGAGUGAGAGAGAGAGAGAGAGAGAGAGAGA